AUGUCGCAGUCACAUGGAUCGCAGUCAUCUUCAUCAGGGACUCCAUCUAUUUCAAGCCUUCGCUUGCGAGAUACUAGCUCUGACCCCCCUACACCUUCCACACAUUCCUCUGAUAUACAUGCUUCGGACGGUGAUGUUGAUGAUGACGAGGAGUUGUUGCCAUCAAGCAUAUAUGGUUGGUCUCUGUUUCAGCUUGAUGUGAACAAUGCGUUCCUUCAUGGUGAUUUACAUGAGGAGGCUUACAUGAAGCUUCCUCAAGGGUCUUCUGGUGACAUUGUCAUUCUUGCUGUAUAUGUAGAUGAUAUCAUCUUGACAGGGAACAAUCUUGUUGAAAUUUCUGCUCUUAAGAAGUUUUGGAUAAUGAGGAUUGAGGUCAGUACUUCACCUGAUGGUGUCUUCUUAAAUCAGAGAAAAUUUGUUUUGGAUUUACUUAAAGAGUAUAACUGUUUGGAGGUGUCUUCUGUUGUUUCUCCUUUGGAUUUGAAUUCCAAGUUGAAGACUGAUUCUGGAGAGUUGUUUGCCCAUCCUGAAAGAUUGCCUCAUAUGACUGCUGCUUUCCACAUGUUGAGGUACUUGAAGGGAACCAUUGAUGUUGGGCUAUUCUACUCUAACUCUCCUGAUUGUACUCUCACAGUUUAUUCUGAUAGUGAUUGGGCAGCUUGUCCUGAUACUCCAUGGAAAUCUAAGAAACAGCCUGUUAUUUCCCUCUCAUCAACUGAGGCUGAAUACAGGGCCCUCAGUAAAGUGGUGGCUGAACUAACUUGGCUCACUAGGCUGCUUCCUGACCUUUCUGUUUCUGUUUCUUAUCCUGUUUCUGUUUUUUGUGACAAUCAGGCUACAAUUCACAUUACUAGAAACCCAGUGUUUCAUGAGAGAACCAAACACAUCGAGGUGGGUUGUCAUUUUGUUAGAAAGAAGUUAGCGGAUGGCUUGAUCUAG